AUGUCGUGCUCGGGCCGUGCCAGGCCCAUUACGGGCUCGGGCCAAUGGGCUAAUAUUCCUAGGCCCAGCCCGGCCCGUUAUUCUAACGUGCUCGGAUCAUGCCGGACAGUUUUUAAGCGUGCCGGGCCCGUGCCGUGCUUGUGCUUAGCGGCUCGUUUGGCACCUCAGGGUGAUCUCAUGGGGACUGCGGAGGAUAGUUCUGCAGAGCAAGGUGAUGAUUUCACUCCUCGAAUUGGUAAUGACUAUCAAGCAAUGAUUCCACCCCUGCGUGAAGGGACUAUAUUAAGUAUUGAAGAAGCAGAAGACAUAUUUCCACCUUGCAGUGUUAUUGAAAAGUAUACAUUUCUCCUUGGACUAUAUAUAUUUGGGAAAAAUCUUAGCCUGGUGACGAGAUUUGUUGGAAAUAAAAACAUGAAGGAAAUUCAAGCUCUCUACUAUGGAGAGUUCUAUGCUUCUGAUGAAUAUAGAAGAUGGUCAGAGUGGGGAAAGUGGAGAGGUAAACGCUGUAUGUUUGGGGAAAAACUAUUUACAUAUUGUAGGCUGAAGGAAUUGUUGUCCCGGUUGUUGCCAUGUGUGUCGAAGCGAUGCCAAGAUGUGUUGAUGGAGAUUUCUAGAAAUUUUAUUAAGGAAAAGAUUUCCUUUGAAGACUACAUAUUCAAGUUGAAGGAUUCUGUUGGUCUUCUCUUGCUUAUUGAAGCAGUUGGUAUUGGAAAAGAAGGGAAGGAAAACCUUACAAGCACUGCUUUUGAGCCAAUAUCGUCUGGCAAAGAUUGGUCCUCUGUUACACCUGCAGAAAUUCUUAAGUUUCUAACAAGCUUCAAGCGGUUAAGGAAAGCUCGAAUGAAUGCUCGAUGGAAAGCUUUUUUCUGGGAAGCUGUUUGGCCCCGUCUAUUAACAAGAGGAUGGCAAUCCCAGCAACUAAAGAGUCGUCGCAUGAGACGCAGUCUGAAUACGUCUUUGAUAUUUCUUGUACCAACAAGUUCGAAAACUUGUACCAACAAGUUUUCAUGGAGACUAGUGAAAGGUACUCAUUAUCAUGUCUCGGUCAAAAAUAUGUUGAAGACUGUUGCAUCGGACCCAAGUGUCCUUGCGCUCGGUAAUGAAGAAUCUGCUGAUCCUAACUUGCCAAAGAAGGAAGUACGCCGGUUCCUCGAUCCAUGCAGAGGAAGUAGUAGUAGAAAUGGAAUUACGUUUACGACAGUGGAUACUAGUACUCUUCAUGGAACAGAACAAAACAAGGUGACAGAACUGAAGAGUUUACCUGUUCAACCUGCCAGUUUAACUCCUCCCUCUAAUCUUCUUAGUGCCACCGAAGAAGAUGGCAGUGUUUCUGUGGAUACUGGAAUGAACCAUAACAUUACCGAUCCUGCUCGCAGUCAUGAAGAGUCAAGCUGCAGAACUGAAAAUAUAUCUGAUGUUGAUGAGUUCCAAAGCCAAUCAAACUUGCCAUGUCAAAGGGAGGGGCCGGAAUUUCAAGUGCAUCCACAAUACUCAUCAUCCUCAAUUUAUGUUGAAAAAGGUGGCCCUAGUACUAUUAACAAUGAAGGCAGUGUCACUGACAAUUUCCUCCAUAGAGAACCAUCUCCAGGAACUGCUCAAGCUCGAAUAUUCAUCGACUUGAAUGUUUCGUAUGUUCCCCCACAUGUGGGAAGAGAUGAACCCUUCACCGCGGACACAAAGAAAAGUAUGGAUGAUUCAUAUGCAAACAAGUCAUCAAUUGUGCCUGAAACAGGACAGCAGGAGGUGGAGGAGGUGGAGGUUUAUGAAGUUGGGGCUAGUGUAGAAGAGCAGCAGCCUGUUGCUAACAGCCAGAGGAAAAGCACAAGGAGCCGUCCGCUGACGAAAAAAGCCUGGGAAGCUCUUGAAAAUGAAUUCAGCGGUACAAAGAGGAAGAGAAGAGGGUAA